ACCCGGAUAUGACGCUUGAAGCGCUGCAUUCAAACUUGUUUUCAACUUGGAAGCAAGAAAGUGUCCGUUUCAUUCUCAUAAAUCAAGCAUCCUAUGUUGUUAUUUCGGAAACAGAGUUCUACAUUUUUUUCUAGGUAACACGCCAGACAUGGCAUCAAAAAGCACCAAGGAUAUCAUUGUCAACAAGUUAGGCUUUAAAACCAGUGGCUCAAAGCAAGCAGACAUGGAAAUGGACAGACUCAGGAAGGAAAAUAAUCACCUGAAGAAGAUGAUGGAUGAAAUAUCAAAACGAACGGCGAGGCCACCAGACUUGGACAAGAGCAAAUUGCUAGAGAGAAUUCUGUCUCUGGAGACGUUAAGGGAGAGGAACAAUCAGCAGCUGCUGGCAAAGGACAAGGAGGUGGAGACUCUGAGACAACAGCUGAGUUCCAGUGGGGGAGAGGUGGUGGCAUCGCUCCAGUCUCAGCUGGACCAGGGGAGGAGAGAGGCAGAGCACAGAGAGAAACUCUUCCAGUCCCUCUCGGAGGAGACGGGGAACCUGAAGAACAACUUGGUGGCAGUGUCUGCAAGGUGUCAGGAACUGGAAGAACAGUUUCCUGAUUUCCAGAAUGGCAGGGUCCCCACCGGUGAGGUUGCAGUAGUUCAGGAUCACCUGAGAGAUGCUUUGGAGAAGAACCAACAGUGGAUGGUUUAUGACCAGCAGCGAGAGGCCUAUGUCAAGGCAGUCCUGGCCAGAACCCUUGAGUUGGAGCAGCAACUAAAUCAAGCCAACCAAGCUCUCCAACAACAACACAAAGAAGGCGAUUCAGCCGCACCUGAGAAGUCUUCCCCCCAGCUGCAGGAGUACUACGACAAGCUUCUGCUGCAGGCCAAGCGGGACGUGGAGGCCCAGAAGGAGGCUGCUGCGCGGGCCCAGGGGAGGUACGAGGAGCGCUGCCGGGAGGUGGCCGAGGCCAGAGAACAGCUCCAGGCCGAGCGCCUCAGCAGGAGACACAGAGUCAGCGAGGAGAGGAAGUGCUUGGCCGACCGGGCUGACAGGAUGAGGUCCGAGCGGGACAGCAUGGACGCCAGGUUGGAAGACGAGAGGAAAAGGUCUGCUGAGCUUCUGCUGCAGGUGAAUCUACUCCAGAAAUCUCAGUUAAAUCAAAAUGAGGAGCAGAGGAGAGUUGCUGUACUGGAACAGCAGAUCCAGCUGUCUGCCAAAGACUUUGAGAACGAGAAGCUCGAUCGGCACAGUUUACAGCAUCAGUUGCACAAGGUCCUGAAAGAGCUGCGCAAGGCUCGGGACCAAAUCACGAGACUGGAAUCCAGCCAUCAACAGAGCGAGUCUCGUUUCUCUGAGCCAAGUUCUUACAACAAGCUGGAGUUUGAUAGGCUGUCCAUUGAGGAUCCCAUCCCCACCUCGCCCUCCAAAAGCCUUCUGGACGAGAGUUUCCUGGAGUGUCCAAAGUGUAGAGCCCCAUACGCCACCAGUCAACACAGAGAACUGCUGGCCCACCUCGACUACUGUUUCACUUGAACAGCCUCUGGGAAUUAACAAGGGAGUACAUCUGGCCAUUCUCGGUCUUGCUUUUGUCUAUAAGAUAUUGUAUUUAUAUCAUCUUAUAAGAGGAAGUCUAUUUGGUUUGUGUUUAUGCUCUUUUUUACAUGACGAUGUUUCUUUCCCAUUUUUUUUUAUGUGUCUACUGAUGAUCUACUGUAAGAUCCUGAAGGUGUGUUUACCAAUAAAUCAGUGACUAUUUUUGAUUGACAGGAAUAAACUAUUUUGAAUUAUUAUAUAUUUUUUUGUGAUUUCAAAAAAAUCUUAUGUGGAUGGUUUUGUCAUAGAACGUAUGUAAGAUUAGAACAUGAAACAAGUGUUCACCACAUAGGUCCUUUAUUUUUUCUGUUGUACCUCGUCUUUCUAUAAGCAUUGUUUGCAUUCCUAAGGUGUAUUCCAUCCGUUUUAAAGGCCCAUAUAGGCCCAUCAUAUUGGUACAGCUGAGGAAACUAACACUGUAAAAGUACAAACAAUUUUGACCAGUUUAUUUAACUAGGCAAGUCAGCGAAGAACAAAUUCUUAUUUACAAUGACAGCCUACCCGGACAGUUGUGCGCCACCCUAUGGGACUCCCAAUCACAGCCUGUUGUGAUACAGCCUGGAAUUGAACCAGGGGCUGUAGUGACGCCUCUAGCACUGAGGUGCGAUGUCUUAGACCGCUGCGUCACUCAGGAGCUAAUGGAUUGAUCCCCAAGCCACAAUCCUAAUGCACCGCUUUAGUGUCCUCUACUCAGACCACACUGAUAUUCUUAACAAAAUUCUUGCUUGAGAAUAGUUUUUUGCUAAAAAGCCAUUUUUCUUUAUUUUUGACCAUUUUAAUGGACAACUAUCACAGUAAGUUACUUGUUACCCAGAAAUGACUUGAUAUUGAGAUAAAAAUUGCUGCACUGGGCAAUGUUACAUGUGUGAGUAAGGCCCACUUCCGCCUCAGUUCUUACUUUGCAAACCAGCUCGAAUGAGAUUGCAUGAGUAAGUCCUUGCAUUAAACUAUUUAAGGCCAAGGAUUAGCGAGGCUUCUCUUGGGUAGGGGAAAAGAGGUUAAUGUGUCUAUUCAAGGAAUGUUACAACAAGGACUUAGCUGUAAGGUUACUGCUGCAGAAUACUCAUAUGGUUGGUUCCAAGCAGUGCGUUAUGAAUAAUUCUCAGUUUGAUGCCUUUUUAAAAUUUUAUUUAUACAUUUUGAAACCAGUUUGGUGAUAAAUAGAUUAUUGUCCUUUUUCAGAUAAUUGGGUGUCUUUGUUUUUCAUUUGAUUAGAUUUUAGUUUUUGCCUGUAUCCAAAAGCUGUCUUUGCACUUUGUUAUACACUGUACAAAAAUGUGCAAUAAAGAUGAUAGUGGCUAUCAACACAA